AAAAGGACAGUGGUAGAGGUUAUGUACAGGAUUUCUUCUCCGUGUCAAUUUUUUAUCACUUUUUAUUAGUUCUGUGAGUUGAUGUGUUUGAGCGCAUCAUGAAGACAAAGAAUAUUUUACUGUUUAUCUGUAAAUUACUAAUUUCACGCAAGAAAGUAUAUUGCGUGUUUAAGAGGGAGGCAAUCCGCAAGAAAAUAUUAAAAUUAUAUUCAUUGUACAUCAUUCAAAAAACUAUUGAGAAACGACGUUACAAACGUCAAUUUUGGGUACGUCCAAUAUUCACGGAGGAAAGGAGAUUAAUGCAAGGCGCAAGUGAUAACUUGGCACGAGAAUUGGAAACACUUGACCCUGAAAAAUUUUUUAAUUAUUUCCGAAUGUCACAUGCUAUUUUUGAAAAACUUUUGAACAUUAUUGAACCAUUCAUUACUAAAACGCACGUUGUUCGAACACCAAUACCUGCACGCACUCGUCUGCAAGUAACUUUACGAUACUUGAGUUCAGGUGACAGUAUGGUUUCUAUAUCAUAUGCAUUUCGAAUAGCACAUAAUACAGUUUCUCUGAUAAUCAACGAAACAUGCGAAUCAAUUUGGAAUUCCUUAAAACAUCGAGUAUUUUUACAACCCUCCUCGAAUAAUUGGGAAAAAGUCGCUGAAGAUUUUGAAAGAAUCUGUAACUUUACUCAUUGCAUUGGAGCCCCUGACGGAAAACAUGUUGUAAUACAGGCCCCACCUAACAGUGGAUCGAAAUAUUACAAUUAUAAAGGCCAGCACAGUAUCGUUCUUCUAGCCAUCAGUGAUGCUCAUUGUUGUUUCUCCAUGGUUGAUAUUGGUGGAGAAGGACGACAGUGUGACAGUACUAUUUUUCAAAAUAGUGAAUUUGGCAAACGAUUUGGCAACGGAUCUCUAAAUCUACCCGCAGCCAAAAAUAUUGCAAAUACAAACGUAACAUUACCAUACGUAUUAGUAGCCGACGAAGCAUUCCAGCUAACACCGUACAUGAUGAGACCUUAUCCACGCAAAGACUUAGGUAUAAGAAAAAAGGUUUUUAAUUAUAGGUUGAGCAGGGCAAGACGGACAGUGGAAUGUGCAUUUGGUCUUCUUGCUGCUCGAUGGCGAGUUUAUGGAAAACCUAUAAUUGCGUCAGUUUCAACAACUAGGAAUAUUAUUAAAGCUACAACUGCAAUACAUAAUUUUGUAAUGAUCAGUGAAAGAGAAUCAAUUAGAAUGUUGCCUCAGUAUUCGCGGUACACUGCACAGGAUCGAGCAAUAAUAUCAGACGGCUUGAGGAACAUAUCACGAAGUGUAUCAUCCAAUUCAGUGCAAGCAGUGAAAAUAAGAGAUGACUUUACAGAUUUUUUCAACAACAUUGGUGCAAUGCCUUGGCAGUGGAAGAAAGUUUUAAAUAAUGACUUCUGA